AUGCCGGAAAAUAGGAGAGCUACAAGAGCUUGGGCUAUCGGCUGCGUUCGCUUUGCGUUCUGGACUUUGUCCCUUAUGCUGAUGUUCAAUUCUCUUUUUACUAUAGUCUUUGGUACCUUAAUGGAAGUUGAUUACGGCGGUAAAUUUAGCGAAUUUGGAGCUCACUUUCAGCUUUACGCUCUUUUCCUUAUUUGCUUAGGAGUAACACUUCUGUUUCUCGGCGCAUACAGCUUUCACUGCUUACGGAGUGAUAAUUACUUUGGCUUAACUAUUUUUGGAUUUUUUGUAAUUGCCAUUUCCGCUCUUCAGAUUGUGAUGGGAUUCACUGGUCACAUCGUGACGGGAUACAACAGAGAAGCAAUUCUCAAUCAUAUGAAAGUUUCUCAAAAUAAUUAUACUACAAAUUACGUUGACGAAAGUGCGUGGGAUUCGGUUCAGUAUCAACUACAAUGCUGUGGAAUCUAUGCUCCCGAAGAGUGGUUCAAAGUAUUUGGUAAACAUAUUCUUCCGAACAGUUGUUGUGAUUUCCGAUUUGCACAUUGUAGGGUAGUUGCAAUGCGUCACAGCAUUCAUUUCACUAAAGGUUGUUUGAACAGUUACACUGAAUUCACCGAGCAUUUGCAAACGGGGGUUGCAAUAUACGUGAUCUUAACGGGUAUAUUUAACCUGCUUAUAGCAGUAAUCCCAACGCACCUUGUAAGAAGAGUCUAUCAGGAAGAGUGA